ACGUCCAUGCAUGAUCAAAGCCUUUCUUUUCUCUCCCUCCAAACUCAUCGCAUUCUCUCGUUCCCUGCUUCUCCACCACCAUGGCUACCACACCUCCACCGCUGACCCAAAAUUACACUUUUACCCCUUCACGCUUCUCAUUCACCAGCCAUAAACUCUUGCCACCUCAUCGCCGCCCAAUUUACCAUUCUCUCCCUGCUCUCCCAUUAAAUCACCAUUUUAGCACUCCUCCGUGGACGACGGCCAUCAGUAAUAGCCAGAGGGCCAAAUUGACUUGUAAAGCGGCCCAAGUUUCUUCUGUGAGUGAUGAAGAGUCUCAAUCUUCUGGCGGCAGUGGUGAGUUGAACUGGGUCCCCGUGGUGCCUUUGGCGGCGCUGCCGAGAGGGGAGCGGCGCGUGAUAAUACAGGACGGAGAGGAGAUACUGUUGCUGUGGUACAAGGAUCAGGUUUUCGCCAUUGAGAAUCGGUCGCCUGCUGAGGGUGCUUACACUGAAGGAUUGCUCAAUGCCAAGCUCACACAGGAUGGCUGUAUAGUCUGCCCGUCAACAGACAGCACAUUUGAUCUUCGAACUGGAGAAGUCAAAGAAUGGUAUCCCAAGAACCCUGUUCUGAGAGCCCUAACACCUUCCCUGAGGACACUUUACAUUUAUCCUAUAAAAACCGACGAACAAAAUAUUUACAUCAGCAUGGGAGGAGGUGAAAAAUCCGAUGCAUUGGCAGAGAUUGUCUUCAGUGGGAAAGCUCAACCUGGAAUGACUGCAUCUGAUGUCAAUGUGGAGGAGGUGAAAAUGAUUGUUGAUGAGGAUGGAGGGGGGUUCGGAUUCACCGGAGCAAAUGAGUUGAUAAAUGGAAAGGCUGCUGCAAUCGGCUUCCUGUUAUUAAUAGAUUUCGAGCUUCUGACUGGUAAAGGUCUUCUAAAAGGAACAGGCUUUUUGGACUUUAUUUACUCUGUUUCAAAUGCUUUCAAUUAGACAUCAUGGUUCUUCACUGGUGAAAAGAAUAUCGGAAGAUUAUUUCUCUGUUCAGUUGCAACACAUUGAAUUGUACCAUCUCUUCAGUCUUUUGAUAUCAUCUAAUGUUGUAUAUUUGAUAGCUCUAUUUAGUCUUUAUAUACAAUAAAAUUUCAGUUUUUCAA